CCGUGCAUCGGGUUCAGGUCGAGUUGGACCACGCACACAACAACCAGCGGACCGACGCGGCGGGCUCGUUCGCACGGGAGGACAAUGAUUUGUCCCACAGUUUAGCAAACAAACCAUUACUCGCGUCCUUGUCACUCGGAGGAUUUAUUUGACCGUGGUAAAGCCAUGGAACCAUCUCUGACUGGCAACCCGGCCGCCACGAAACCCAGCCCCUCCUCCCCCUCCGCCCCUCCGCCGGGCCCUUCUUCCCCAACGACCACACCGCCCUCAGACCGCCUGCAGCCUGAACUCACCUCGCCAACCGCGGCCUCAUCUUCGGCCUCCCCUCGGACUCCUCCGUGUCCUUCCUCUCGUUCAUCCCCCCCAGUCCAGCCCAUCAGGAGCCCCUCUCAGGUGGGCAGAUCUCAGCUUAAUGCGGCCUCCACGCCGGGAUUCCCAGUCGCCGGAGCUGCCGCCGUGGCGCAGCCGUCUGCUGCCACACCUGAAUCCGAAGAGCCAGAGGAGGAGGUCACUCUUGAGGAUUUGGAGGAGAGAGCAAAGUCAGGAGAUGCGAGAGCCCAGAGCAAGAUGGGGCGUUACUUCCUGGCGCUGGCGGAAGAAAGAGACGAGGAGCUGAACAACUGCACGGCGGUCACCUGGCUGGUCCAGGCCGCUAAGCAAGGACGCAAGGACGCCGUCAAACAGCUGCAGCGCUGCUUGUCCUCCAGGAAAGGCAUCACUCUGGAGAACAUUGAGGAGGUGAAGAAGUUGUGCACAGAGACGCGCUUCGAGAGAGGAGUCCGGAAAGCUGCUCUGCUCAUGUACUGGAGGUUGAACCCGGAGAGGAAGAAGUCUGUGACGGUCUCUGAGAUGCUGGAGAACGUGGAGCACGUUCACGCAGAGCCAGGCAAACCAGUGUUGCCAGGUCCACUAAACAGCUCUGCCAAGAAACAGAGGAGAGUCCUGGAGAAUAUGGUCACCAGUGAAGCCAGAUGCCAAGUGGGUCUGGACGACUUUGUUGAGAUGACCAAGAAGUAUGCUCAGGGCGUUCCGCCUUCGCCAGUCAUGGCUACCGCAGGAGGUGAUGAUGACGACGACGACGACGAUGACGACGAUGAUGUGGUGGUGAAGAACCCAGAUGAGUUGCCCUUACACCAAAAGCUGCUGAAGUUCCCUCUGUUCGCUCUGCUGGAGAUCAAGGAGCACCUCAUCGACUGGGCGUCGCGCGCCGGCAUGCAGUGGCUGAGCGCUCUGAUCCCCACGCACCACGUCAACGCCCUCCUCUUCUUCUUCAUCAUCUCCAACCUCACCAUCGAGUUCUUCAUCUUCCUCAUCCCUCUGCUGGUUUUCUACCUCUCAUUCUUCUCCCUCAUCAUCUGCACAUUGCGGGUGUUUCAGAAUUCCAAAGCAUGGGAACAUUUCCGGGCCCUGACCGACCUGCUGACGCACUUUGAACCCGGUCUUGAUCUGGAGCAGGCCGAGACCAACUUUGGGUGGACACACCUGGAGCCUUAUCUGUACUUCCUGCUCUCUGUGGUCUUUGUGGUCUUCUCUUUCCCCGUGGCGGAUAAAUCCUGGAUCCCCUGCUCCGAGUUGGCCGCCGUCGCUCUCUUCUUCACCGUCACCGCCUUCCUCAGCCUUCAAGCCUCUGCUCAGCUCUUCGCUCGCAAGGCCCUCCUCACGGAGGUCCUCUGCGGAGUGUGCUCCCUCACCCGCCUCCUGCCCGCCUCCUUCCCCUGGUUCCUCAGGGUCCUCGGGAGGACGUUCGUCGCCGUGCCUCUCGGCGACAACGUGCUGCUGAACCUCGGGCUGCCGUGCGUGCUCUACGGACACCUUUUCUAUCUGCUCUUCCGUAUGGCUCAGCUGAGGGGCUUCAAGGGCACCUACCUGUGCCUGGUGCCUUACCUGGUGUGCUUCACCUGGUGCGAGCUCAGCUUGGUGUUCCUUCACAACGCCACCGCCUUAGGACUCAUCCGCACGGGCGUCGGCUACUGCCUCUUCGUGUUCGCCCUCCCCGUCCUCUCGCUGGGCAUGGCCGCCAUGCUCGUCAUCCAGCUGCUGCAGUGGUUCCUCACUCUGGAGGUGACCAAGAUGGCGGUCACCUUGGUCAUUUGCUUCGUGCCGGUGGCGCUGAGGCGUUGGACCCGCCUCAGCCUCAACCCCGUCCAGGUCUUCCGCUCUUUGUCCCGCAGCAGCAUUGUGAAGCUCAUCCUGGUGUGGCUCAGUGCCGUGCUGCUCUUCUGCUGGAUGUACGUCUACAGGUCCGAGGGCAUGAAGGUGUACAACUCCACGCUGACGUGGCCCGAGUACAGCACCCUGUGCGGCCCUCGCGCCUGGAAAGAGGCCAACAUGGCCCAGACGCAGAUCCUCUGCUCUCACCUGGAAGGCCACCGCGUCACGUGGACCGGACGCUUCCGAUACGUCCGCGUGACCGACAUAGAGAACGGGCCGCAGGCGGUGAUCAACAUGCUGCCCGUGGCCGUGGGCGACUGGAUGCGCUGCCUGUACGGUGAGCCGUAUCCUUUGUGCGAGGAAAGAAACGCCAGCGCGUGGCCCCAGCCGCUGCCCGCGCCGGCCCCCGCGCCGGAAGACGCCCUCUGUAAGCUCAGAGCGCUGGCCAAGCACGAGUGCCACAUCAAGCGCUUCGAUCGCUACAAGUUCGAGGUGACGAUGGGCAUGCCGCUGGAGAGGAAGACCAGAAACGGGACGAUCGUGGAAGACGAGGACGCGACCAAGGACAUCGUGCUGCGAGCCAGCAACGAGUUCAAGUCCAUGCUCCUGCACCUAAACACAGGGAGCCUGGUGGAGUUCAGCACCAUACUGGAGGGCCGCCUGGGCUCCAAAUGGCCCGUGUUCGAACUGAAGGCCAUCCACUGCGUGUCGUGCGGGGACGCCCGGCUGCCCAGCCGCAGGCAGUACAAGAUCGAACACGACUGGAGGCGCACGGCCCGGAGCGCCCUGCAGUUUGGGUUCGACUUCUUCUUCAACCCUCUCCUGAGCGCUCGCCUGGAGGAGCGCUCGCAGGCCGGAACGGAGGCCGAAACGGAGGCCGCGACUCAGGAGGACGGGUAGACACCUCCGGGAUGAAUGACACGUAUGAUCGUGGUAAUACUAGUCAAGGGAUAAUACGGAUCGGGUGUCACUUGUUUUAACACUGUAAGAGCGGGAACGCACACUGAGGGUUUGUAGGAACCGGCCCGGUUGGAGAUCUGACCACGAGAGCAUUUCGAAUAGCUUUUGAGACAAAAUACGUAAAGAACUCAAAAUAUAAGCGCUGCCAGCACCGGCACAUCCACAACCGGACCGAUGUGCCGCUCGGAAGUUGACGUCAGGUUUGAUUUGACCGUUUUCAUACCAGCUCAAAUGAAGUUUCUCCUCUAAACCGAACCAAACCGGAGACGUAUGAAAGCACCCUCACAAAAGGAGAAACAGAAAGUAAAACAUCGUUUUGGAAAUCAUUCACUUUCUAUCAUUAACAAUAGGAGAAAAACAACAAUAAAAACCUCCUGAGAUUUUUAGACCGUACUACUCAUAAAGUCAUCUUGAAUCUGUUUGUUCGGCGUGCAAACACGGUGUGAGCUGAAGGAAUUUUUGUGUUGCUUAUCGAAUAUUUGUAGCCAAAUUCAUCCGUAUUUACAUUUCACAGUUGGGAGCUGCUAUGUGUGUGUCUGUGGGCGACGGGUUGUAGAAGAAAACCAGCUGGAGUGCCGAUGGUUUCCUUUGCAGACAAGUUUUAAUCAUUCAACAGUAGACGGCAUGCUGUAUGUGCACAGCGUGCCUGUAGUGGGAGAUGCUUUUUGAGUGCUUUAUUAAAAAUAUUCUCCGUUGGAAAAUGAUUAUGAAGAAACUACGCUAAAUCAUGUCUUUAAUCGUUUUGGUUUAAAGCUGCCUUUGCUGUUCUCCCAUCUCUGUCUCCUUCUUUGUUCUCUGCUGUGCAGAGAUUUGAAAUAUAAGAUUUGUGAUCUGAGUGAUGUGGUUUAGGUUAGAAUGUCACUACUGGUUUCUUUACUGUGACCUAUAAACACAAUGAAAACAAU